AUGAGUGCAGCCGGCACCGCGGCUCCAGGGGUCCCGGGCUGCAGGGCCGAGGCGAGGCUGGCGGAGCCUGAGUCAGCACACGCGCGCUGCCGCUCUUUUCCCGCUGCCCACGUGUCGGCCAGAAACGGUCUCCGCGUGGGUUUGCAUUCUCCUCGAACGUGGGCCCGUGCGGUGUGUCGUCUGCAGCAGUAUCGUCCCAGCCUGCGGCCCCGGCCGAGAGGCAACUUCCUCCGGUUCAAAAGCAGCAGAGCCCACGCUGGGCCUCCGGAACUCCUCGUCGUCCCCACGGAGUGUGUCACGAAAUGGAAGCAGCUGUCGAGGUUACAGCGGAACGUGGUCCUCUUCCUGCUGGCGUUCCUGAUGCUCUGCGGCCUCCUGUCCUACAUCAGUGUGGCCGACGAGUGGAAAGCCGUGGGCAGCAGGUCGGCGGAAGGGCCGAAGGUGAGACCCGCAAAUCCACCCGUCUUGCCAGCUCCUCGGAGAGCAGCCGAGAACCCGGAAGAAACCUUCGCGGGGGCGUCACCUCAGAAGCCUCCAAGGCAUUUCCGACGGGGACCACCCAACCUGCAGAUUAGAGCCCCCGACGGAGACGCCAAGGGCCAGAGGCAGGAGGAGGCCCAGAGGAGGGCAGAGGCAGCCGGCGCGGCUCGCUGGAAAGACGACGCGCAGGGAAACCGCGCCAGCUGGACGGGCGCAGGGACCGCGCCGGAGCAGGGCACCCAGCUCCCUCCGAGAAAGACGGAGGCCCCGCCCAGGCCUUCCCCGCAGGCCCUCAGGCCAAGGAGCAGGCCAGCCCCGCAGAACGAGUGCCAGAAGGCCGUGGUCGCCGCGUUCCGGCACGCGUGGGCCGGAUACCGCAAGUUCGCCUGGGGCCACGACGAGCUGAAGCCCGUGUCCAAGUCCUUCAGCGAGUGGUUCGGCCUCGGCCUCACGCUGAUCGACGCCCUGGACACCAUGUGGAUUUUGGGUCUGAAGAAAGAAUUUGAAGAAGCCAGGAGGUGGGUGUCCCAGAGGUUAUUGUUUCAGAAAAACGUGGACGUCAACCUGUUUGAGAGCACCAUCCGGAUCCUGGGGGGUCUUCUGAGCGCCUUCCACUUGUCCGGGGAUGUCCUCUUUCUGAAAAAGGCUGACGAUUUUGGAAAUCGGUUAAUGCCUGCGUUCCAAACACCCUCUAAGAUUCCGUAUUCCGAUGUAAACAUCGGCACUGGAGUUGCCCACCCACCGCUUUGGACUUCUGACAGCACGGUGGCCGAGGUGACAAGCAUUCAGCUGGAGUUCCGAGAGCUCUCUCGUCUCACGGGAGUUAAGAAAUUUCAGAAAUUAAAAUGUCAAUCCUCAAAUUCAUAUGGAAUUGCAAGGGGGGCCCUGAAUAGCCAAAAUAAUCUUGGAAAAGAACAACGUUAGAUGACGCACAUUUCCCAAUUUCAAAACUUCCUACAAACUCACAGUGUUCAAAACAGUGUGGUGUUGUCAUAAGGAUAGACAUAUAGACCAAUGGAACACAAGUAAGGCUCUAGAAAUAAACUCAUAUAUCUGUGGGCAAUUGGUUUUUGCAAGAGUAGUAAGUCUAUUUAAUGGGGGAAAUAAUUUGUUUUCAGCAAAUGAUUCUGAGAAAAUUAGAUUUCCACAUGAAGUUGGACCCCUACCUCACACCAUAUACAAAAAGUUAACUCAAAAUGAAUCAAUGACCUAAAUAUAAGAGCUAAAAGCACAAAAAAAAUACAGGUUAAUCUUCAUAACCUUGGGUUUGACAAUGGAUUCUUAGAUAAAACUCCAAAAGCACAAACAACAAAAGACACAUGUUGGAUGUCAUCAAAGUAAAAAUUUUUGUGCACCAAAGGACACUAUCAAGAGUACAAAGGCAACCCACAGAAUGGGAGAAAAUAUUUUCAAACUACAAAUCUGAUAAGGGUUUAAUAACCAGAAUAUAC